AAUCGGAAAAACUUCCCAAUCUGCUCGCUCUCAGGGAAUCCUUGUUCAUAUCGAACAAAUCCAAAUACCCGAGGAGAAUUACGAGGGCUUUGAUGGUGUCAAUAAAAUUGGACUAUUCCUAUCAGAAGCCGUUGACAAUCCCAAUUACAAUUCCUUAUCCAGUGGACGAUCUGGAAGCGUGCGAGUUGCCGGAUUCGUUCCACCAGCGGACAUCUACCUGCCUUUCUCCCGUUUGGAAGUGUCAUUCUUCGCUCCACCACGUAGUGAAUUCCGCCUUACAUGGCAGAGUGUGCCUAAGCGGAACGCGAAUCAUACUGAAGGUGAAGGAACCAAUGCUACGAGAGUUUACUCCUGCGGAUCCGUCAUGGUUCCAACAUGGGAGUGGCAGGAGUUGACCAAUCCGAAGCCUCCUGGUAAAGAUUCUGGAUAUGAAAACAAUUUGCAUUGCAAAUGGACGAUUGAAAGACCACUGAUGACUGGGCUCCGAGUUAAGUUCACCCUACUUGAUCUGGAAGGUGUACCAGGCUGUCCGUUUGACUUCGUUUCGCUCUUGCCUGAUCGUGACAUCACUGAAGGAAGUGGAGA